AUAUUUAUAGCAUACCCUGCGAUUCCCUGCUCACAUAAAGGAGAAUUGAAGACGCGAUGACUUCCGUACUUAUCUCGUAGAUUAACCGAACACCUAUUAGGAGCAAACAUUAGGGCACAUCUACCAUCUACCAUCCGACAACAGCUGUCAAAUCAGCCGUGGCUAAUAAAAACACAAGCAAAAAUUGUGAAAGUGGAUUUUGCCAGACCAAAAUGAAAUAUUUACCAACUAUUUUGGCUGUUGUACAACAGCAAAAUCUUAAGUUGAAUCAGCUUUUAUUGGCAGCCAAUUCAGAGGAGUGGAAUGACGACGAAUUGGAUCUGUACGAAAGCAUUUUUUCAGCAAUAGGGCAAAUGCCACGAAGUGUGUGGAUGCUGAUGCGAUACGGGACAUUUUGGGAAAAGGAUAUACCGGAAAACAACGACGAGUUCUUCAAAGAGAGCUUUCGUAUGGAGAAGAGGACCUUUUCGUUUUUGGCGGACCGACUAUGUAUUUUGCGGAAGAACUGGCGAAAUGCCAUUCCUCUGGAAAAGCGGAUCGCUAUAGCCUUGGGAUCAUCAGCGGUUUGUUGGGAAUGGUCCUGACAGCCACUACAAGAAUAAUAAUGCAGUCAUUUUAGGCUGUUGCAUUUUGCACAACAUUUUAAAUGAGCACAACAGGGCUAUAAAUGAAAC